AUGGAUCGUACCGUGUCUUUCAAGUCUGGCGUACCAUCGUCCAGUGACCUUCUCCUCAUUGCUUCAGGGCUUGGUAGCUCCUGGAAGAUGCUUGGUCGAAUCCUGUGCCUUCCUGAACCUGUUUUAGAACAGAUGGAGGAGGACGAGCGCCAUUUGCAUGAAAAAAGCUACGGUGUGUACCAAAUAAAUAACAGUAAGAUAGGUUGAUAGAUCCCAUCACAUGAGUAUGAUUACACACUAAAUAGGGUGAUAUGAGAAAGAAACCAAGUGUCUAGAAUCAGUCUGCCAGUUAUUGAUCAAAUUUUACCCGGGUAUUGAUUGAUUCUGGUAUUCAACAUACCGAAAUGUGGAAGACAUCCAAACGUACAAUCAGUCACAUAUGCAUCCAUGAACGAGUAGAAUUUUUACCCUACCGUUGGAUUUUGCCAAGAAACGUUAUAUUUUUCACGAUCAUUUCAAGCGGUCCUUUUUCGUUGUAAUGCCAUUAUAUUGAGAGAACUGUGUAGUGAACAAGGCUUCUACCUUGCUCCCUAUACAUUUACGCCACACAACUCUUUUCAACACUUUGUCCAAUUUACAGCUGUGUUAAAGAAGUGGAUACAAACAGCCGGACCCGCCGCAUCGUAUAAGUGCCUGGCUCAAGCCUUACAGCAUCCUAUUGUAAGACGAUCAGAACUGGCAACCAAGUAUUGUCAUGAACGCAUUGACACUGGUUAG